AUGGCUAGCAUUAAAGGCCCCGCUCCGGCACCCACCUCGUUUCCCGGUGCCGACAAGCUCCGCAUCGGUAUCGUGCACGCGCGAUGGAACGAAGAGUGCAUCACCCCGCUCGUCAAAGGCUGCGUGGACUCGAUCACUAAAGCUGGCGUAAAGCCCGAGAACAUUGUCAUCGAAUCCGUUCCAGGAUCUUGGGAGCUUCCCUUCGGCGUUUCGCGCCUGAUCUCGGCCUCGCAGGUUCAAGCGUCUUCCAACGUAUCCGAUCUCAUGGGCGCUACAUCACUCCUGGACGAUAGCAAGCCAGCCACACCUACUACGUCGUCAGCAACAGCAGGAAAGGCCAGCAAAGCAGCUCUCGAUGCAGUCAUCGGUAUCGGUGUACUGAUUAAAGGGUCAACAAUGCAUUUCGAGUAUAUCUCGGAAUCGUGCUGUUCCGGUUUGAUGAGGAUCGGGCUGGACACGGGCGUACCGGUGAUUUUGGGCGUGCUGACUGCGCUCACCGAGGACCAGGCAUUGGAGAGGAGCGGUGUCGGAAGGGGCGCUAACAAGGGUCACAACCACGGUCUAGAUUGGGGCUCUGCUGCUGUCGAAAUGGCACUCAAAACCAACCGAUGGGCCGAGGGAAAGCUCGCCUGA